GGCGAGCGGGCGACGGCGCGUGCGCGUUUUUCUCCCGCCUUUUUGAGGGAGCGGGUUUUACCGGCCGUCCCCGCCGUGGCCACUGUUCCGAGGCGUGGAGAGCCGCUAGUCCGAGUGUGAGACAGAGCCUGGCCAAGCUUGGGCGCUCUUGGGGCUGAGGCUACCGUUUGGAUGUGAUGAGUUUAAAACCCUUUACCUACCCAUUUCCGGAGACGAGGUUUCUUCAUGCAGGACCCAGUGUGUAUAAGUUCAAAAUCAGAUAUGGCCACAGUGUCAGAGCAGAAGAGAUAACAGACAAGGAAGUCAUCAUUCAGGAAUUAGAGGAUUCUAUCCGUGCAGUCUUGGGAAACUUGGACAAUCUGCAGCCAUUUAUUACUGAACACUUCAUUGUAUUUCCCUAUAAAAGCAAGUGGGAGAGAGUUUCUCACUUGAAAUUCAAACAUGAGGAAGUCGUCUUGAUCCCUUACCCAUUCGUUUUCACUCUGUAUGUGGAGAUGAAAUGGUUUCAUGAAAACUUGCCACCUGGCAAACCAAUAAACGACAGUCCUCUUGGGUCGGCUGUAGCAGAGAAGAAAGCAGCAGGAGAUGCAGGGAAGAAGCGGAAACUUGUGGAGGAGCACGGCUCCCCCAGGGGGACAGCACUGCCCAGGGCCAAGAUGGGGUCUCCCAGUCGAAGAGCUCGAAGCAAGAAGCCACCUAUGGAAACCACGAGAAACAGGAAAAAAACCCAGCAAGAGACAUGGAAGACUGUAACCUCUGACACCACUGAUGUGCAGACACAGGAUUCUAAACGGGGGCACAACCUCCCAGGGGCCAUGGUUCCAGCACUGCAGCAAAGCAGCUCGCCUCCACCACAGGAGCCAGGGACACGCAGUUUCUUUGGUUUUCUAAGCACUCUCUUCCCACUUCGGUAUUUCUUCAAGAGGAGCCACCAGUGAGCCGCCCAGCUGCGGUGACAGCCACAGACAGAGGGACUUCUCUUCCAGGGACUCCUCCCAAGCCAGCACUCCUCCAGCUCCAUCCUUUGCCUAUGACCCCUUGAUCAUCGGGAUGAUGGCUCCUGACUAGCCCUGACUAGGUUUAUCCUGUCCCUUGUCCCUGUAUAAUGGAGUGGAUUCCCCCCCCCCAUUUAAAACACUGGAAAGGAAUGGCACUUUGUAAAAUGCUCAAAUCUAAGAAUUUCACUACCCUGAGGGUCAGUUUAGGUCUUUUGUGUCUAGGAUCCUAAUUCUAAUAAAUUAUUUAUGAGGAAUUA